AUGGAAAUUCAGUCGCGUGUGAGCAGCCAACUGUUGCCGUUGUCUCUGGGGAUCCGGUCCAAAAUCCUAAAUAAAGUCCAGUUUGGCCCCUUGAUUAAAUUAAUUUUUCCACUACAUUCAAGAUGAUGAACAGCCUGAAGAGACUGCCAGUGCGCAUGCUGGUUAAUUCCGCUGCACGUCAGCAAAAUGCUGCGAUGUCCUCGGCAACAGGUCUUCCCCCACCCCUUACCUUCCUUACCGACGAUGAGAAAAUGAUGAAGGAGACUGUUGCCAAACUGGCUCAGGAGCAGAUUCAGCCCUUGGUCAAGAAGAUGGACCAUGAGCACAAGUUCGAUCCCUCUGUGGUGAAGGCCGUUUUCGAGAACGGUCUGAUGGGCAUUGAGAUCGAUACUGAGCUGGGAGGCAGUGGCUGCAACUUCAUGACCAACAUCAUCGUGGUGGAGGAGCUGUCCAAGAUUGAUCCCGCCGUGGCCGCCUUUGUGGACAUCCACAACACGCUGGUCAACUCGCUUAUGAUAAAGUUCGGCAAUGCCGAGCAGAAGGCCAAGUACCUGCCCAAGUUGGCCCAGGAGUAUGCUGGCAGCUUCGCCCUGACUGAACCCGGCGCAGGAUCCGAUGCCUUCUCCCUGAAGACGGUGGCCAAGAAGGAUGGCUCCCACUACGUGAUAAACGGCUCCAAGAUGUGGAUCUCCAACUCCGAUGUGGCCGGAGUCUUCCUAGUCUUCGCCAAUGCCAAGCCUGAGGAUGGCUACCGCGGCAUCACCACCUUCAUUGUGGACCGUGACACCCCCGGACUGAUUGUGAACAAGCCGGAGGAUAAGCUGGGCAUCCGUGCCUCCGGAACGUGCCAGCUGACCUUCGACAAUGUGCGCGUGCCCGAGGAGAAUAUUCUGGGCACCUUCGGCCAUGGCUACAAGUACGCCGCUGGCUUCCUGAACGAGGGUCGCAUUGGCAUUGCCGCCCAGAUGGUGGGUCUGGCCCAGGGUACCUUUGAUGCCACCAUUCCCUAUUUGCUGGAACGCAAGCAGUUCGGAGAUGCCAUCUACAACUUCCAGUCGAUGCAGCACCAGAUCGCCACCGUGGCCACCGAGAUCGAGGCUGCCCGUCUGAUGACCUACAAUGCGGCUCGUCUGCAGGAGCAGGGCGUGCCCUUCCAGAAGGAGGCCGCCAUGGCCAAGUACUACGCCUCGGAGGUGGCCCAACGGGCGGCCAUCAAGUGCGUCGACUUUAUGGGCGGCGUUGGCUUCACCCGCGAUUUCCCCCAGGAGAAGUACUACCGUGAUGUGAAGAUCGGAGCCAUCUACGAGGGCACCACCAACAUGCAGCUCAGCACCAUUGCCAAGUGCAUCAAGAAGGAGUACUCCGGUUAGGAGCUGUAGGAGCUGUAGUCCUAAUCCUCCACAGAACACCCCCCCACACAAGCUGAGAUAUCGUACGUCAGAUACGUCAAGUGCAUUUAUGCGUGGGAACCGCUGUAACAUUUUCUGACGGCCAUCCGUUAUCGGUUCUCUCCAUGUUACCUUAGCAUUUACCACAUAGUUCUUUCUGUUAUAUUGUAUAAAAUACAAUUAAAAUAUAUACAAAUAUAAAAUAUA